AUGUUCGGCAGUCUGUGCGCCCGUAAGCUGGCUCGCCGAUCGCGGUCUGCGUUAAUAGCCGCGCUGACAGUGCUGCUGGUCCAAACACUCAUCGUGUGGAACUUCAGCAGUCUGGACACGGGAGAAGACCGAAAAGACAACGGCAGGGAGAAGAGGGACCGAAUCGGCAUCAACAAAGCCUACAGCGAGUACCCGAAGAGCGGCUUCCAGAAGAGGCAUCACCAGCCGCCGCUGGGAAAAGCGUCCAAUCGACAUAAACAGCAGCCGGAUGGCUACUAUUCGCACCGGCCCAAGGAGAAAGUCCGUGUGGACAGCAACAAUGAAAACUCUGUUCCCAAAGACUUUGAGAAUAUAGACAACAGUAACUUCGGUGCACGUUCCCAAACACAGAGACACGCACCUGGCAAGCACAAACAAGGCCUUCUGGAAAAGGCGCAUGCACAGCAAAGCCUGAGCAAGAACUCCAAUGAGGUCAUUCAGUAUGCACAGAACAAAGCUGGCCUCAAUCAGACGCACACUGAUCUUCACCAGAGAGCCAAUCCCACCCUCCGCCCACAGCAAUCCCAGCAACACCGGCACCACUUCCAGCGACCCAAGCGAUCGAUCACACCCACUGCUGACAUCAAGUAUGACCAACCACCCAAAUGUGAGAUCAGUGGAAAAGAGGCGAUCUCUGCCUUGUCCCGUGCUAAAACCAAGGAGUGCCGGCAGCAGAUAGUAGAGGUUUACUGCCGCCACAAAGAACACCAGCUCAUGCCCGAGAAGGUCACCCGCUACUGUCCUGUAGAGGGCAAAGUAAACAUGAAUGUGCAAUGGGAGGAGGACUCAAUGGAGACUGUGCCUGCAGUACCAGUGCGGAUCGCCUUCAUGUUGGUGGUCCACGGACGUGCCGCACGCCAGGUGCAGCGACUCUUCAAGGCCAUAUACCACACGUCUCACUUCUACUACAUUCAUGUGGACCAGCGAUCCAACUACCUGCACAGGCAGAUGGUGGCUCUCGCUCACCAGUAUCCUAACGUCCGGGUCACAUCGUGGCGCAUGUCUACAAUAUGGGGUGGUGCCAGCCUGCUCACCAUGUACCUGCAGAGCAUGAAGGACCUGCUGGCCAUGAGGGAUUGGUCCUGGGAUUUCUUCAUCAACUUGAGUGCGGCUGAUUACCCUAUCCGGACCAAUGAUCAGCUGGUGGCCUUCCUGUCCAAAUACAGAAAUAUGAAUUUCAUCAAGUCUCAUGGGAGAGACAACGCUCGAUUCAUCAGAAAACAGGGUUUGGACCGGCUUUUCUUUGAGUGCGACACCCAUAUGUGGCGGCUUGGAGACAGGAAAAUUCCAGAAGGAAUAUCGGUGGAUGGAGGCUCUGACUGGUUUCUGCUUAACCGGAUGUUUGUGGAGUACGUCAUUAACACUCAAGACGACCUUGUGACUAACAUGAAGCGCUUCUAUGCGUACACGCUGCUGCCAGCAGAGUCGUUCUUCCACACGGUUCUGGAGAACAGUCCGCACUGCGAGAGCAUGGUGGACAACAACCUGCGCAUCACCAACUGGAAUCGAAAGCUGGGUUGCAAGUGUCAAUACAAGCACAUCGUGGAUUGGUGCGGCUGCUCGCCCAACGACUUCAAGCCUUCCGAUCUGCCCCGUUUCCAGCAAACCACCAGGCCCACAUUCUUCGCGAGGAAGUUUGAAGCCAGUGUAAAUCAAGAGAUAGUGAACCAGUUGGACGUCUUCCUGUUCGGGAGUUUGCCCCAGGGCACGCCGGGUCUCAAGGCCUACUGGGAGAAUGUUUUUGAUGAAGCGGAUGGGAUUCACAGCUUGUCCGACGCACAUCUCACUCACUAUCAUGCCUUCGCCCGAUUGGGUCUGGCACGAACCGCCAACUCGCUACAGGGUGACCCCAAUGACAACAGCUGCAGGUAUUUUGCCAUGGGCCAUCCGGUGUCUGUCCACAUCUACUUCCUGUCUGAUGAGUUUCAGGGGUACCUGGUCAGGCAUCACGCCACCAAUCUGGCAACCAGCAAACUGGAAACCCUGGAGACCUGGGUAAUGCCCAAACAGUUCUACAAGUUCACCAAUCCUCCCAAAACCUUCACCCGACUGCAGUUUGCUGAGAUUGGAACAGACUGGGACGCGAAGGAAAGGAUAUUCCGGAAUUUUGGAAAUAUGAUGGGCCCCAUGGACGAGCCUGUGGGAAUGCAGAAAUGGGGGAAAGGCUCAAAUGUGACCGUGACUGUGGUGUGGAUUGACCCCACUAAUGUGAUCGCUGCAACAUAUGACAUCCUGAUCGAUGCCAGUGCCGAAUUCACACACUACAGGCCUCCGCUGAACCUGCCCCUGCGGCCCGGCAUGUGGACCGUCCGUGUGCUGCACCACUGGAGCCCCGUGGCGGAGACUCGCUUCCUCAUCACUCCACUCACACACCACAAACACCUGCCUAUACGCCAUGAGGAUGCUUUAAAAAUGCACAACGGACCGGCUAAGAACAGCUACAUGGAGCAGAGUUUCCACGGCCUGAACCCCAUCCUCAACAUCCCAGUGCACCUGGGUCAGGUAGAGGCAGCGGAGCACAACGCAGGUCUCACGGGGUCUGAGCUGGAGCGCUGGGUGGACAGUCUGGUGGGCGACGUGUGGUCAGCAGUGGACGUGUGCUCGACGGGCCCUAGUGGAUGCCCCGUCAUGCAGACUUGCAGGGAAACUGUGUGGAGCUCUCUCAGCCCAGACCCAAAAUCCCAGCUCGGCCCACCCAAAAACAACGGACGAAUCAGGUAG